GGGAUGGAGGGAGGAGCCUGGCUUGGGCAGGGCGCGAGGCCGGCAGGGCUCUGGGUGUGGGUCGGGGCCGUGAGGCUAGGAAAGCUACGCUCAGAGCUCGAGAGAGGGCCGUCUGGAAGACAGGGCUCCUUAUGGAAGCCAGUGGAGUAGGAAGCCCUGGGGAUAUAACGGGACCGGGUGGUUCAGAGGACCACGGUGCAAGAGCGCCCACGGCAAGGGAGGCAUGCAUCAUAUGAAUCCGGGAGAUGCCAGCUGCAUCUUAGAGAGGAGGGACCAAGCUGCCGCUCCAGAUGCUGCUGCUGCCGCCGCGGCCACCUCACCCUCGGUCCUCCUCCCCGGAGGUCAUGGACCCACCGCCCCCCAAAACUCCCCCAUUUCCCAAGGCGGAAGGCCCCUCCUCCACUUCUUCCUCGGUGGCGGGGCCGCGGCCACCGCGGCUGGGCCGCCACCUACUCAUCGACGCCAACGGGGUCCCCUACACGUACACCGUGCAGCUGGAGGAGGAACCUCGGGGCCCGCCACAGCGCGAGGCGACCCCGGGAGAGCCAAGUCCUCGCAAGGGCUACAGCUGCCCAGAGUGCGCUCGUGUCUUUGCCAGCCCUCUACGGCUGCAGAGCCACCGUGUGUCGCACUCGGACCUCAAGCCCUUUACGUGUGGUGCUUGUGGCAAAGCCUUUAAGCGCUCCAGCCACCUGUCGCGGCACCGCGCCACUCAUCGCGCGCGCGCUGGCCCACCGCACAGCUGCCCGCUCUGUCCACGCCGCUUCCAGGACGCCGCGGAGCUGGCGCAGCACGUGCGCCUGCACUGAGCUUGGCCCUGCUAUCUCUGGGCCACCACGUCUGACCCACACAGCGUCACUGCCUUACCCUAGGCCUCAGUUUCCCCACCUAUUCCCCAAAGAGAAACAUUUUUGUCUUUUCUCCAGUCUAGCUGUGUGAUGUAGACCAAAGUUGUUGCCCCUCUGGGCCUGGGUGUCAGUUGGAACUGGGCUUCAGUCUGGCUGUGCUAUGUAAGCCUUUACAACUGACGCGACCUCUCCUGAGUCUUGGUUUUCUACUCUUCCCAAGUGAUGAGGUCCUUGUGGAAGACAUGACAAAAGCACCGGCACUGCCUGGAUCAUCUCUGUACUUCCCCAUAUUGCCCACGACCCCUCAUUCUUUGCCCAAUAAACAUUCCGCACUUAA